AUGUCGCAAAAUCUUUCCACUCCCCCGCCGCCCUCACCCAGCAAACUGAGGGUUCCAAGAGCGCCGCGACAUGGCCAUGGUUAUGAAGACUCAGAGCCGUACCCAACCCGUCAUUCCGCCAGAAUAGCCAGUCGGCGCGCAUUGCAGGCUGCUGAUCGGGGUUCGCCUCAACCUCGCGAUUUCUCUCCAGAUGAGGACAAGAACGUUUUUCUGGUUGAGGCUCUGCCGACUCCUACCAAAACUCCAGCUAAGAAGGUAUCGGCACCGUCAGAAUGGUCAAUUGGUCCAUCGAUCGACCGCUCAUUGUUCCGUUCAGAGAAGCGGAUGGCGCUUGCCCGAGGCAGUGAGAAACUGGAGAUAUUCACCGACUCGCGCGACCGUAUCCCGGAGGUCUCGUUGGAUGCACGAAACCCAUUCGCAAAAACUGGCCGUCCAUCUGAUGGAGAAGCAUCGACGGUUUCUCGCCAAACCCGCUCGACUGUCCGAGGCAAAGACUCUUCCUUUCAGGAUGAUGAUGAUGAUGUUAAGUACAUGUUCCGAGGCAAGCAAGUCAGGCGUCCAGCCCAGCUGUCUGAUUAUGACAGUGACGAAGAUGAGGAUGACGAUGAGGAAUAUCUAGGCCUGUUUGCAAGCCGACGCGAUCUCCUGCCUGACCUAGCCAAAUCUAAGUGGAAAGGUCUUCGCCGCCGUGAUGUCAAGCCAAAGAUGCUAUGGCCACAGGACCCAUCUCAGAAGGAUACCAAUGAUGACUCAUUGUUUACCCCUAAGAGUUCGAGUAAGGAUGAAGCUAGAAAGAAAAUUGUGGAUGAAUCGGAGCAAUCCGCCACUCGUGCUCAUAGUGUUACUCGCCGUGGCACCCGUGGUACAGAGAUGGACACAGUGAUUGAGGAUAAAGGCUCAGAUAUCCAAUCCCGCAAUCCUCCCAAUGCUGAGGCUAGUUCCUCCCGCUCUCUUCGUCCGAACCGUGGCUCAAAGGGUGAUUCCCAUGAUCGCCAGCAAAUGGAUGGCGCAGGAGACUUGCCUCCAGACUCCCCAAUUCACAGCACCCAAGGUCACUCCAAAAUUGAUGGCGCAGGCGACUCCCCACCUGGCCCCAUCCGCAGUAGCCCAUUCAAAAAAUGGUUGCGCAAGAAGAACGGGUCAAAGGAAAUGGCCACAACUUCCCUGAAGCGGGCUGCAUCGGGUGAAGAUGGUGUCCCUACCAAACGAACCCGGGCUACCCGGAAGGAUCUUUAG